GAACAGAAAUUGCAUUUAUGAUUGUCAAAAGAAGUAUCGCCUGAAGUGUCUCUCCAUUCAUAUGAUGGAAAUAAUUCCAAUGAUAUUAAGUAUAUGUUGCAUAGAUUAUUUAGUCUUGACAGUUACUUUCUUUAUGAUUUUCGGUGACGGGCAAUGUCAGCUGAAAUACGACUAGGUGAGAAAAGAGUUAGUUGCGGUGAAACCAAAAUGUGCUAUCAGUCCAUGAAGUCUUUCUUGGUUCGAGUUACCUAGGCAGGUAUAGACUGCCUGGCUGGGGACCUUGGGAUAAUAAGUACCAAUGUCUGGAGACUAAUGGUGAUAUGGCUCAAAAUCAUUCUCAGUGUCACAUUCACUGUUUGUAAUCUCCCGUUUACAAUGAACUAUCAUGUCUUUCCAUUUUACUCUUGUUCCUCGCUUACAUUUCGCCCACUGUAGUUCGUUUGAUUUUCUUUUUUCUCCUCUACCAUUGUGUGAUACAUGGGGUAUGGUAACGUGGACUACUGCACUUCAUUGCAAAGUUUUGUGUUGAAACCCAGUCAGUCAAUUUUUUAUGGUUUUAGAUCAUCACACUUUUAAUGAUUUUUAGGUUGAUGAACUUGUGGAGGCUCUAAUGGAUGUAGAUGAAAGUGAGUUGGAAGGUCGAGACGUUGUAGUUCCUGAUCAAAAACCUGAAGAACCAAUGGAUAUAUUGUUACGGACUGCCAGAUACUGUACUACCGAACGAUAUAAUAGUUGUGCAGCACUGAGUGAGGUUUUACAAAAACUGUACAGACAGGAAGUAUCAGAUUACCGUGCAGUGCAUAAGAAAACUCCAAACCCCUCAUACGUACCUUAUGGACAAUUGUAUCGCUUCAUGAUGGCACUGGUAGCUGGACGACCUUUACCAAAUCUAUCUGAUUUGUCCUCUGCCGCCAUCCUGGACUUUCUAACUUGUUUGACCUCUAUUGCCAACAUAGCCUCCGACCUUGAUAAUGGAAAGGACACUUGUAAUUCUGCGACAGAUCCUGUUCGUACCCGAAUGAGGGAACAAGUUACAAAUGCUACAAACAUGGUUAAACAGAAAAUCGGUGUAUAUAUGGCCCUUGUUGGUGCUAUACAUGCCAGUUCAUUUCCUAGUAUACGCGAUGAAAUAACCCUUCAAAGAGAUUUUGGUACCCAUCCUCUUACUCCAUUACGUCUACUAUGUCAAGUGAAACAUCCUGACACGAUUUUAGGAUAUCCUCCAAUGGUGAAAUACUUGGUUGAUAAGUUCGCAGAAAUUUGGAAAAGUAAGACUACAAGUGGUCAGCAAUCUACAGUUCCUGUUACUAAUAAAGAAAUGGAAGAUACCAAAAAUGUUACACUAACGUCGAAUCGGUACGUGCAUUGGUGUCCUGGGACGCACUUCGUUCGUAUAAAGGAGGAAGGAGAGGAUGAAAAUGUCAAUGCAUUUGUAAAUACUCAUUUUAAAGUGAACAUUGAGGAGACAGAUUUUUCAAUGGAAUUACACAAGAACAGGACCAAGUAA